GUUCUAUUUUUGCAAAUUUCUCUGUUAGUCGUUACUCUUCCAUUGAAGCCCUCUUUCUUCUUACACUCUUCGAACCAAAAAGCCUCAAAACAGAUCUAGUUCUAGCAAAGCUCUACAGAUCACCAUGCUUCCACCAAGAUUCAUCUUCCUCACUCUAGCAGUCGUCCUAUUGCUGUCUUCUGGGGCUGUCACAGCCAACAUUGAUGGUGACGAAGAUUCAGAGGGCAUUGAAGAACUGAUAGCCUUAGACGAAGAAGUUGAAUUGGACCACGAAGAAGAAGGAACUCACCACGGGAAGCCAUCGGAGGCCGAGGUCCUGAGCAAGGCACAGAGGAUAGUGAUUGAGCUCAACAACGACAACACCAAGAGGGUGAUUGAUGAGAAUGAGUUUGUUCUCGUCCUGGGCUAUGCGCCGUGGUGCGCCAGGAGCGCCGAGCUGAUGCCUCAGUUUGCGGAGGCUGCCACGGCUCUGAAGGAAUUGGAGAGUACCCUUUUGAUGGCGAAGCUAGACGCCGAGCGGUAUCCCAAGGCGGCUUCAGCCAUUGGGAUCAAGGGCUUUCCCACUCUGCUUCUGUUCGUCAAUUGCACUUCUCAGCCUUACACUGGUGGAUUUACCUCGGAAGAAAUUGUGAUCUGGGCUAAGAAGAAGACGGGUGAACCUGUAAUUAGAAUUGGUUCGUUAGAGGAUGCAGAAAAGUUUUUUAAGAAGCAUUCUAUGUUUGUUGUUGGGCUAUUUCACAAAUUUGAGGGGUCUGAGCAUGAAGAAUUUGUAAAAGCUGCGACUUCUGAUAAUGAAAUUCAAUUUGUUGAAACUAGCAGCAAGGACAUUGCCAAUGUUCUCUUCCCAAAUAUCAAACCUUCUAAUCUUUUCCUUGGUCUUGUUAAAAGUGAGCCAGAAAGAUACACAGCUUUUGAAGGCACCUUGAAAAUGGAAAAAAUUUUGCAGUUUUUGGACUAUAACAAGUUUCCAUUGGUGACUACAGUAACUGAACUGAAUUCAGCCAGAGUCUAUUCCAGUCCAAUCAACCUCCAGGUUUAUGUCUUUGCAGAGGCUGAUGACUUCAAGAAUCUUCUUGAACCCCUUCAAAAUAUUGCAAGAAAUUUCAAAUCAGAGAUAUUGUUUCUGUAUGUAGACAUCAGAGAGGACAACAUUGCAAAACCGUUCCUGACUUUACUUGGGCUAGAAGAAUCACAAGAUACGGUUGUUGCUGCUUUUGAUAACAAAAUCAGCCUAAAGUAUCUGUUAGAGUCAGACCCAAUGCCAAGAAAAAUAGAAGAAUUCUGCUUGGGGCUUCGGCAUGGUACUGUGGCACCAUACUACAAAUCACAACCCAUACCGGAUAAUAAAGACGCCAGUGUUCAGACCAUUGUGGGAAAGACAUUUGAUGACUCGGUCCUGAACAGCCCAAAGAACAUUCUUCUGGAGGUACACACACCUUGGUGCAUCAACUGCGAAUCCACAAGCAAGCAGGUAGAGAAGUUGGCAAAGCAUUUCAAAGGAUUGGAUAAUUUGAUAUUCGCGAAAUUUGACGCUUCAGCAAAUGAACACCCAAAGCUGCAGGUAGCUGACUACCCAACACUAUUGUUCUACCCAGCUGCUGACAAAUCCAAUCCGAUCAACCUUCCUACAAAAUCUGGCUUAAAGGAUUUGGCUGCUCUCAUCAACCAAAAUCUGAAAAAUCAGGACCAUUUAAGCAAAGAUGAGCUGUAGCAGUAAGCCAAGCUGCCUGAAGAUAUAUUACAACAGUGGACACUGGAAAUAGAAAGGAAAAGUUUAGCUAGCUGGAAGAGGAAAUUCUAAUUAACAUGUCUAUGAAUUAUAUGAUAUCCUCGACAUUGUUUUUGGUUGAGUUAUAGUAUCAUAAACACCAUGGUCACGUGUUAGCUGGCUGUUGUGCUAUAACGUUCGGUUAUUAAAGAGUAUUAGUAUUGAGUUGAUUGCAAAAUUUUGAUUUUGCAAUAGCUUUAGUCAUGAUAUUUGAAACCUGAUUCUCAGAAUUGCAAUGCAAAAGAGUCACUUCCCCAA